AUGGUGCGGCUACGUGUGGGCCGUCGCACCUGUAGAAGCGUAUGGAAAAUUGAUGUGAGAACCAGAUGGCGCCGCACCAGCAGUCGCGGAACUGGAGGAUUGGUGCACGUGUCAACGAGUGAUCAAGCCUGUAGUGAGGAUUUGAGCGGUGUCAAGAGAGCCGCCGCGCACACGCGCUGCGAAAAGAAGAAACGGGUGCUAGUGGAUCAAUAUAGAUCGCUCAGCUUGCUGGUACGCUUUGCUAGUGGAUCAAUAAAGCUCUUCAGAAGGAUCAAGUGCACCGCCGGACAAUGGCAACACUGUGACGAGCAUAAAGAUCAAAGAAAUCGAAGUUUCGAGCCAAAGCCGAAGCCCGAAUUAAUGCCGUCUCCUGUGAGCCACACAUCAGCCAAUAUGCGCGGGAAUGUUGAAAUUGAGGCUAAAUUGGACAGCGGUAACAACGACAACCAAGGCCUGAUCGACGACUUUGAGAGAUAUUUGAGGGGGGCGGACCUUAAACACGUUACACAGAGUGCAAUCGUCCGCAAAAUACACAACGGUCGCUGGGUGCUCAACAUUUGUGUCAGAGAUACGGGAGGACCGCGACAAGUACGUUUGGCCGAAGAAAGCGAGCAGGGAGGGAGGUACAGGAAUAGCGUGUUAAACACUAGGAUAGUGCAUACUUCCAAAGACAAUAUACAAGUGUAUGUCGAGUUGCUGCAAGAUAUCGCCGAGUUAUUCACGACCGGAUACGGCUUCGUAACGCCCGACGGCAACAAGAAUUGGCUGAAAGAU